AUGAUUCCCAUCAUCUUAGCAUCCGGAAUUUUCGCUAUCUUGCAAAUCACAAAUGCUGGAGAAGGAACAGUGAACGUUUUUGGAUGUGUUUAUUGCAAAGGAAGAUCACUCAGAAAUAUUACCGUCAAAAUGUACGACGUUGAUUUUAUUUUCGAUUCUUUCAUGGGGAAAACGAGAACAGACAGCGAUGGAUGCUUCUUCGUGAAUGGUACUGCGAUUGAUCUAAGCAGCGAUAUCGAUCCAGUGAUCAAUUUUUAUCACAAAUGUGAUAUGGGUAUAGAUUAUGGGCGUUGCCUGCUUAAAUCUCGUCUAUUUCUGAAAUCGACGGAGACAGUAAACACUGCGAAUCCGGUUUUAUUAGAAUUGAGCAUAUUUUAUCAUCCACAAAAUGCUUAUUGUAUCACAGUCGAUGGGACUGCUAGCAGACGGUUCAAGAACGUUAUUAUGGCAUUGCCGAAAUGUUUUAAAAAUAUGGCCGCAUUUAUCGGAAAACGUUCACAGUGGGGAAGUUACGGUAUCCUCGAUAACGUAUAUAAUUGUUUCCACUAUCUCACCAAUCUUAAACACGGCUGGAAAUACUAUCAAUACUUAUCCGGCUCGGAUCUACCAAUACGAACAAAUCUUGAAAUGGUUCGCAUAAUGAAGGCUUUGAAUGGAUCGAUCAACUCCGACAUUGAAGAAUAUGAAAUGGAUCGCUAUCGAACUAUGGAAGGGAUUCAUCCACCAGUUCCUCUCUACAAAUCGGCUAUGUCGGUCGCUGUACCUCGUGAAGCCGCCAAUUACAUUGUCAGAAGUCAAAAAGUGAAAAGACUUCUACGAUAUCUCAGUCAUACAUGGAUUCCGGAUGAAUCAUUCUGGACAUCGGUUGCUGGUAAUGCUCCAUUGCUCCGAGUUCCCGGCUCAUUUCGCGCAAGAGACAUUAUUUGGCUACGAAAAUACAUGAAAAUGAAUCCACCAUGGGAAAAAACAACGAGUUCAGUAGGUACCACAUAUAUCGGACGAUAUCAAGUUUGGGAAUGGCAAAAACCAUGUGGAGGACAAAUAAGGAGUUGGUCAUGCGUUUUUGGAGUCCUUGAUGUUCCGGAUAUUAUUCAAAGACCUGAAUUAAUUGCACACAAACUUAGUCUCGGUGUUGAACCUGCAGCAUUUAUGUGUAUUAUGAAGGAAAUCCGCUACCGAAGUCACAAUCCAGUCGAAUUCGAUGCUUCAAGUUAUGGCGAGAUGCCAACUGUAGAACUCUACAGCGGAAAAAGAAUUACAGAAUUAAGACAUCCGGAUUGGUUGUUACAAACAUUCGGAUGCACUAACUCCGAAAUCACCGACACCGCAAGACUUUUGUUUCUCAAUGCUCAUAAUGAAGCACGCUUAAGCGUUGCUAAAGGCUUAGAACCAAACAAAUGCGGAUUUCUGGGUCCUGCAAAGAAUAUGUAUAAAUUGCAAUGGGAUUGUACAUUAGAACAACAGGCUCAGGAUUACAUUGCUAACUGCCCGUCAUCUAUGGGAACGUUUAGUGGAUAUUCACAGAAUAUUAUCAAAUAUACUGGAACAUUCUCAAAUCCUCUAACAAACGUAGCAACAGCUCUAACCAAAUGGUGGAGUGUUGUUCGUCAGAACGGGAACACUGAUCCAGAGAACAAAUACGUGAACACAAAUCUUUAUUCUUUCGCAAAUAUGGUCCAUGGAAAAAUGACAGGUAUCGGUUGCGCUUACAAGGUCUGCUCAGCUAGUAGUGCAUUGACUGUUACUUGUCUCUACAAUAAAAUUGGUUACUAUACGAAUGGUGUAAUGUGGGAGAAUGGCGCAGCUUGUACAUCGGCAGCAGAUUGUACAACUUAUCCUGGAUCAACGUGUUCAGGAGGACUCUGUGUUGAAGAGAUUGAAGAGAGUGAUACUGGAGCUAACACUAUGUGCCCAUCGAAUUCGAACAUGACAGAUGCGAGUCGAAAGAAAUUCCUAGAGGUGCACAACUAUUUGAGAUCUCGAGUUCCUAAAGGCCUUGAACCUGAUGCAUUAGGCGGAAAUGCACCGAAAGCGUCAAAAAUGCUUAAGAUGGUUUAUGACUGUAACGUGGAAGCAUCAGCAAUAACACACAGUCAAAAAUGUGUAUAUCAACAUUCAACAUCAGCAGAAAGGCCAGGAUUAGGCGAGAACCUUUAUAGGACAAGUGCACUAAACGUUGAUCGUGUAACAACAGCCGCUGAGUCCUCACAAUUAUGGUGGGAUGAACUUAAAAAAUAUGGUGUUGGACAAGAGAAUAUGCUAACUGAUGCUUUAUGGAAUAGACCAGGAAUGGCGGUUGGACAUUAUACUCAGAUGGCCUGGGAAACCACUUACAAGCUCGGCUGCUCCAUCCAACACUGCCCAACAUUCACCUAUUCUGUUUGUCAAUAUGGGCCAGCUGGAAACUACAUGAACCAAAUGAUAUACACCAUUGGAAAUCCAUGUACAGAUGAUUCCGGAUGUCCAGGAUCCUAUACAUGUAGCGUUACUGAAGGUCUCUGUAAUGUUGUCUAG